CUUCUCGCAAGCCUCCGUCCAGCUCCCCGUCCGAGUCCACCGUUGAGGCCACAUCGACCGUUCAACGCUGGCGCCAAGCCCGUGCAGAAACAUAGCUCUGGGCACGCCCAAUUCAUUCCUUUCUUUUUCCAGUUCCAUCUCUUCUCUCCCUUCUUGUACAUCAUAUUUGGACUUGCGUGAGCGGCAGCUCUUGCCAUACAUCUCCCUCCCUCCGCGCGCUGCGACCUGGAUGCACCGCCUGCUCGGAGCGCAUGCGCACGACUAAUACCAUGUUCACAUCACGACGGCCGUCGCCGUUAAUGGUGCUCCUCGGAGCCCUCUUUUUCUUCUCCGCUAAUGUCUUCGCCGCUGCCGCGGUGCUCGGCGUUGACCUCGGCACCGAAUACAUCAAAGCGACGCUGGUGAAGCCCGGCAUCCCUCUCGAAAUCGUCCUUACAAAAGACUCGCGACGCAAGGAGACGUCGGCCGUCGCCCUCAAGCCUUCCGGCUCCGCUCCCAAAGAUGGCCACUUCCCUGAGCGACUCUAUGGCACCGAUGCCAUGGCCAUCGCCGCCCGAUUUCCCGGCGAGGUCUACCCCAACCUCAAGACCCUGCUCGGCCUCCCCGUGGACGACGCCGCCGUCAAAGAAUAUGCCGCAAGGCACCCUGCGCUGCAACUCCAGGCUCACAGUCGGGGCACAGCCGCCUUCAAGAGCAACACAUUGACUGCCAAGGAGGAUGCCUGGCUCGUCGAGGAGCUCCUGGCCAUGGAGUUGCAAAAUGUGCAGAAGAACGCAGAGGCCGCCGCUGGGGACGGCUCGUCAGUGCGCUCCAUUGUCCUCACUGUUCCGACAUUCUACACUAUCGAGGAGAAGCGUGCCGUGCAGACUGCGGCGGAGCUCGCUGGGCUGAAGGUCCUGAGCCUUGUUAGCGACGGCCUCGCCGUCGGCCUGAACUACGCGACGAGCCGACAAUUCCCCAACAUCAACGACGGCGCUAAGCCCGAGUACCACAUGGUCUUUGACAUGGGCGCUGGUUCCACGAGCGCCACUGUCAUGCGUUUCCAGAGCCGCACUGUCAAGGACAUUGGCAAGUUCAACAAGACGGUUCAGGAGGUGCAAGUACUCGGCAGCGGCUGGGACCGCACCCUCGGCGGCGACUCUCUCAAUUACCUGAUCAUGGAUGACAUGGUUUCGCAGUUUGUUGAGUCCAAGGGAGCCCAGAAGGCGUCAAUCACCGCCGCCUCGGUCAAGUCGCACGGCAGGGCCAUGGCCAAGCUUGCCAAGGAGGCUGAGCGUGCGCGACACGUUCUCAGCGCCAACCAGAACACGCAAGUAAGCUUCGAAGGCCUUUACGACGACGUCGACUUCAAGUAUAAGAUCACCAGGGCCGAAUUUGAAGCUAUGGCCAAAGGCUACGGAGAUCGUGUCGCGGCAGCCAUCAACGACGCUAUCAAGAUGUCGGGGAUUGAGGUUGCCGACUUGACAUCGGUAAUUCUCCACGGCGGUGCCACGCGGACUCCUUUCGUCCAGAAGGCUCUUGAGAAGAUUGUCAACUCGGCAGAGAAGCUCCGAUCCAAUGUAAAUGCCGACGAGGCCGCCGUCUUUGGUGCCGGCUUCCGUGCCGCCGAAUUGAGCCCCAGCUUCCGCGUCAAGGAGAUCAGGAUCACCGAAGGUCCCAUGUAUCCCGCCGGCCUGAAGUGGACGGCAAGCAGCGGCAAGGCGCAGCGACAGCGUUUGUGGACCGCGUCGUCUCCCUUGGGCGGUCCCACCAAGGAGAUGACUUUCACCGAAAAGAACGACUUUGCCAUUGCAUUUUUCCAGCAAGUCGGCGAUGUAGAUCGUGAGACCAAAUCCAUGACGACCAAGAACCUGACUGCAACAAUUGCCGCCAUGAAGGAGAAAUAUCCCACCUGCGAUGAGGCAGAACUGGCCUUCAAGGUCGCCGUUAAGCUCAGCUCAGAAAACGGGGAAGUCCAGGUCGUCAAGGCUGCUGUGGAAUGCGAGGCCGAAGUUUCGGAAAACGACGGCUUCGUCGGCGGCGUGAAGAACCUCUUUGGCUUUGGCAAGAAGGAUCAAAAGGCCCUCAAGGAUGAAGGCGAUAAGUCUUCGGAGGGGUCAGAAGAGACUUUCAAGGAAGAAGCUGGGACGUCUACCACCUCUUCUGCGGCGGAGACUAGCGAGACGCCCGCGACGUCUGGAACGGAGACCAAGGCCAGCGAGCCCAGCGAAGAAGCCAAGCCCGAAGUCAAGAAGAAGCAGAUCGUCUCUAUCCCGGUCGAUCUUACCCUCGAGAAGGCCGGCGUGCCCAUUCUCACCAAAUCUGAGUUGACCAGGGCCAAGGAUAGGCUCAAGUCCUUCGCGGCGUCCGAUAAGGCCCGAGUGCAGAGAGAGGAGGCCCUCAAUCAGCUGGAAGGAUACACCUACAAGAUCCGGGAUCUUCUCGAAGCCGAGGUGUUCAACUCGAUGUCGACAGAGGCCGAGCGAACAAAGCUCGCGGAAAUGGCCAGCGCAACUAGCGAUUGGCUAUACGAAGACGGCGCCGAGGCCACCAAGGAGGUUCUCAGAGAGAAGCUCAAGGCACUCCAAGAAAUCGUGGAGCCCAUCCAAACCAGGAUUGAUGAGUCUGUCAAGCGACCAGAGCUAGUCUCAUCCCUCAAGAGCGCCCUGAACCAGACCAACCACUGGCUCAGCGAUAUCCGCAAGCAAAUUUCGGACUACGAGGAGAAGGUCGCAGCCGCUUCGGCGGCAGGCUCAUCUACCACGUCUAGUGCACCGGCCGAGUCGGCCACGGGCGAAUUUGAUGGUCUUGAGGACGAUGACCCCAAGGCGAAGAAGGGCGACAAGGCAGAGGAGACCAAGGAGGCGGGCCCAGAGGCACCACUGUACAAGACGGAGGAUCUUGAGGACAUCGACACCCUCUGCAAGUCGAUCGUGGAGUGGCUCGGCGAGAUGGAGGCCAAGCAAGAUGCACUGCCGGCGACAGCCAAUCCCGUGCUUCUGUCGAAGGACAUCUUGGACAAGCGCCAGAAGCUCGACAAGGCAGGCAUGGACCUCGCGGUGAAAGCUAUGAGAAGCAGUUUUGGCAGCAAGGGCAAAAAGACCAAGGGAAGCAAGGGCACCGGUGGCAAGAAGAAGAGCAAGACAAAGAGCGCCGACGAUCCGGUCAACACAAUCAAGUUCGGCGACGGCAGCGGGAAGCUCACAGAUGAGCAGCUGCAGGAGAUGAUGGACAAGAUCAAGAAGAUGGAGGAGGCCAAGGAAAAGGAAGCCAAGGCAGGGAAGAAGGGCGAGGCGAAGCCAGAGCACGAUGAACUGUAACAUUGAUUUGGGCCAUAUAGAGCGUUUUCGAAACAAACACAUGAUGAGUGUUUUGUACGAUGAUGGGGUUGGCAAGCGUGAUUUGGCUCCGCGGCGUUGGCUACAAUUUGGUGUAAAAUUGAACGAAUCGGACAUGCUGUUCUCUGGAGCUGAUGCCAAGCAUGCUGUGCCGUCGGCAGUACAUUUGGCCCUCCAGCUCGUGGCCAAAGGGCCAUUUCAGGACAAUAGUAUCAAAG